AUGCGUCUCGGCCAGCUCGCGCUGCUCUUGGGCCUUGUGCAAGGCUCGGCCGCGCUCUGGCCGUUCAAGCCAAAGCGCUUCACAGCCGAAGCAUUCAUCGACGCAGGCCCGUUGGGUCUCGACGAUGCCGUCAGAGGCCGCGUCCUCGCCAUUGGAGAUAUCAACGGCGACCAAAACUCUGACUUGUUUGUGUUGGACCAAGAUGGCAAGACUGUCCACCUGUAUCUCUGGCAACGUGACAACUUCAAGUACACCCAUGCGUCAAGCAUCGCGUUCCCGCACGAUGUCGUCAAUGUUGUGCCAGCCGACUUCAAUGGAGACGGACGCCUCGACCUGCUCGCCAUGAUGACCGAGGGCGCCAACGGCGGCGGAUGGUGGGGCACUCCUGGCGCUAUGAGGACCGACAUGCGUGUCGUUCUUGGAGGACCAGGGGGACUUGACUCGGGCACUGGUGACGUUUGGGACCUCGAUCCCGCAACAGAGGCCCAGCCGAUUGUGUUUGACGAUGACGGAUCCUUGAGAGCUUCCCUGCUUGGCUAUGUCAAGACAGAUGAGGGACCAGCUCUUCGUUCAUGGCGCAAUAAUGGCACGGCGAUCACCCUUAGUCGCUCCAUGCUGUGGCCAGACGAGAACGUGUGCCAGCUGGCUCUGCCCCACUCGUCCGCGUUCGUCGACAUUGACGGCGACUGCCAGCCCGAUCUCGUCCUCCACUGCCGUCACGCACGAGCAAACGAGGGCAGCCUCCAGGUGUGGCUCGCAAAGGGCGAAUCUGGGUACGUCAUGUCCAAGCGGAUCGACUUGCCGUCCGGCAGCCGCGCAGUGACGUUUGCGGAUAUGAACCGCGAUGGCGCCCUCGAUCUGGUGUUUGCUUCCUGCAAGAAGACCAUCCCCUCCACUGGUGUUGGAACCGGCUGCAGCAUCAACAUUGCCUACAACGUCCAGGCUGGUGUUUGCUCGAGCGAGACCAGCCGUUACGACUCACACGGCCGCCUUGGUUGUCGUGGCUGGGGCGAGCUGUGCAAGUCAGACCCUGCGUUUAACUUUGACACCGACCCAGAAAGCGACUAUUUCACAUCGAUCCCCAUCACGGACCUGUUCCCCGGCGACGAUGUCCAGCUUCUCGUCUCGGCGCCUGGUACCAAGGAUAUUCCACUCCCCCCUCGUGCCGGUGAUUUUGACGUAGACGGUUUCCCCGACCUCCUCGUAACCGUCAAGAGCGGAUACGACACCAAGGUCAAAGUCCUCCACAACGUGCCGUGCGGCAAGGGUGUGCCCGGAUGCACCAACGCGCCCAAGGGUGCCCGUGGACUAGUCGUUGGCGGAGGAAAGGGCUGGGAUGCCCUGGACAGGAUCACCGACGCAACUGGCGCGAGCUGGAUCGACCUCGACGACGAUGGGUCGCUGGAUAUCAUGGUCCAGCGAUCUGGCAAGCAAGACAAGGAGCGCGUGACUUUUAUCCAGAACAACUUUUACCACGACGCCUUCUUCCUCAAGGCGCAGGUUCUGAACGGUGCAUGCGAAGGCACAUCGUGCGACCCGUCAGACGGCGGCAAGAGCUACUCGGGCCGUGGUGCCAGCUAUUCUGGCGCUUCCUUCAAGUUUACUGUCUUUGAUACUGGAGGCACACGCCAUGCCCAACAAGGUGAGCUUGCCCCUUUUGUGGCAGAGCUGACAGAAAGUGCCCCAGUUGCCCCAGACCUGCUACCAUGCGCUCCACUCGCCACAUACCUUCAUUGGCCUGGGCCGUACCAACAACUACAUCGAGGCACAUCCGCCUGGGAGGACUCGACAACCCAGCUCGAGUCGUUGAUCCCCAACUCGCAGGUCAUCAUCAACCCACCAUGGCCAGCAAAGGCCGAUGAACCCAGCCCACCAGUCACGCAGCGCUCCAAAGAAUGGCGCGUCGAGCUCUUCCUUCACCCGGGCGACUGGGUGCCAUGGGUCGCUCUUGCCGUGGCAGUGACCGUGGUUGUUCUUGGCAUAGUGGUGAUGUGGCUCGGCGAGCGUGAGAAGCGGGAAGACGAGACGGAGCGCAGGCGGGCGCUGCACGCCAUCAACUUCCAGGCAUUGUAG